ACGUAGGUCUCAUGGCUGCCUCGGGAAAGCUCGGCACUUUCCGCCUUCCCCCGUUACCCACCAUUCGAGAGAUCAUUAAGUUGUUCGGACUGCGAGCAGCGAAGCAGCUUUCCCAGAAUUUCCUCCUGGACUUGAGGCUGACAGACAAAAUUGUAAGGAAAGCUGGCAGUCUAGCAGAUGUUUAUGUUUAUGAAGUGGGUCCGGGGCCCGGGGGAAUCACAAGAUCCAUCCUCAAUGCUGAUAUUGCCGAGCUUCUGGUGGUUGAAAAGGAUACUCGGUUUAUUCCAGGAUUACAGAUGCUUUCUGAUGCAGCACCUGGAAAGCUCCGAAUUGUUCAUGGAGAUGUGCUGACAUAUAAGAUAGAAAAGGCUUUUCCAGACAAAAUUAGAAGACAGUGGGAAGAUGAUCCUCCAAAUGUACAUAUUAUUGGAAACCUGCCUUUUAGUGUUUCAACCCCACUGAUUAUCAAGUGGCUUGAAAAUAUUUCUCUUAAAAAUGGCCCUUUCGUUUACGGCAGAACUAAGAUGACGUUAACAUUUCAAAAGGAAGUGGCGGAGAGACUUGUAGCCACUACAGGAAGCAAACAGCGCAGUCGUCUUUCCAUUAUGGCCCAGUACCUCUGCAAUGUUGAGCACCUCUUUACAAUCCCAGGAAAGGCUUUUGUUCCCAAACCAGAGGUUGAUGUAGGAGUGGUGCACCUUACGCCCUUGGUACAGCCCAAGAUCAAGCAGCCAUUCAAGCUGGUAGAAAAAGUUGUCCAGAAUGUGUUUCAGUUUCGAAGGAAAUAUUGCCACCGAGGGCUUGGAAUGUUAUUCCCUGAAGCGCAGCGCCUGGAGAGCACUGGAAGGCUGUUACAGCUGGCUGACAUUGAUCCAACGCUCCGGCCCACUCACCUCUCGCUCAUGCAUUUUAAGAGUUUAUGUGAUGUGUACAGAAAAAUGUGUGAUGAAGACCCACAACUCUUUGCUUAUAACUUCAGAGAAGAGCUCAAGCAAAAGAAAAGGAAAGGUCAAGAAAAAGAUGGUGACUCAGAAAGCUGCGGGUUCUAACUGCUGUCCUAGGGCUCCCGACUGGCAGUCUCGAUCCACAGUGUGGAUCUCCACACGUGUACAUGUGCUUCCCUCCCACUCUGUGAAGACAAAUACCGAUGACCUCAUGCCAAGUAGAUCCAAUGCAUGCAAGCUUUUUUUUUUAAAUACAUAUAAAUGUAUACAUACUGAAUAGAUACGACAUGUUUAGUAUAAACAGCAUUUAUUACAACCUUCCAAAAUGAAAUGUCUGCACAUUGUGCCCCUAAACCAUGUAAACAUAAAUGUGCUUUAAAUGAAGCAAAAACUAACAGCGCAAAGAAAAUGCCCAAAGGACUGGGGGGAGGGGCCUUUAAAAGCUAUUAAUCACAACUUUCCCAAUCUUAUCCCACAUAACUUAAAAUAAUUAGAAUGCAAUUUUAUUACAAGACUAAAAAUCAUUUGAUUCCUGCUCAAAAGGGAUAGAAGCUAGUAAUUUACAGAUUCUGACCAACUAAAUCUAGUUUUCUGAUUCACAAUAAAUUAAAAUAACUUAAAUCUUUA